AUGGCUGUACGACCAUUUACAUCUAAUCCACCACAAAUGACAAAUCUAAUUUCACCAAAAUUAACUAUUGCUUUAUUAGUUUUCGUAACAAUAAUGGUUAUAACAUUAACUAUUAGUAUUGCACUACUAUUUACAAUUGGAAAACCAACUAAAAGUUCUACUAAUAAUGAAAAUCAAUUAAUAGUUACUCUUCCCGAACCAUGUAAAUGUGGUUGUCCAGCUAUAAGUCCACAAAUAACAUCAAAAAUUGUUAAUGGUGAAGCAGCAAUACCAAAUUCAUGGCCAUGGCAAUUACUUCUAAUUGUUUUUACUUCUCAAGGUAUACCUAGGUCAUAUUGUGGUGCUAGUCUUAUAACAACACAACAUGUUCUUACUGCUGCACAUUGUGUUUUUGGUUCAUCACCUCGAUAUAUUGGUGUAAUUGCUCGUCUUCACCUUUUUAAUAUUAGUUCAUGGUCACCACGUUUAGCAUAUAUGGCUGAACGUAUUUAUGUUCAUGAAUCUUAUGAUGAUGUAACUCUUAAUGAUGAUAUUGCAGUUAUUCGUUUACGUACAUCCAUUUCUUUAGAUAAUCAAGUUAGUCUUGCUUGUAUUGCACCAAAAGAUAUGACUGAUCAAGAAUUAAUUGAAGGUCAACAACUUAUUGCUACAGGUUGGGGUGCUAUGGAAAGUGUUAAUCGUACAAGACCAAAUGAAUUACAACAAGUACGUUUACAAUUUGUACCACGUACACAUUCAUCAUGUGAACCAUUAAUUGGUAGUGGUGAUAGUACUCGAUUAGGACAAAUGUGUGCUGGUUUUCCACCAAAAGCUGUAUGUUUUGGUGAUAGUGGUGGUCCAUUAGUUCGAUCAAUUGUUGAUAAAAAUGGUAAUGUUUAUUGGCAACAAGUUGGUAUUAUGUCUGGAACAGUUGAUUGUGGUUAUCAAACAAAUUUUUCUGAUAUUUAUGCAUAUGUUAGUUAUUAUAAUCCAUGGAUUUUACAUAAAAUAAGUAUUUCAUCUUAA